UACCACAACAUUCUGCAAAGCUUCCUUAAGGAGAUUCUGUGUUGCCAGUGUUCAUUUUUUGUGGCUAAAGCUCUUUUCUUCACACACAGGGUGGAAAUCAUCGGAUAAUGGAGCUAUCACUGAUGCCAGCACAGCAUUUUCCGGCUGUGAGUGCGGCCUUCAUGGAUUCUCCGUACAAUGGCAACGCGUCCUUGCAGACGUCCACAUCCAACCUCAAUGCCAGUUACUCACGGCCCUCAGAAGCUGAUGAUGAUGGAAAAGUGUCCAGUGAUACAAUCUGGUUGUGGAUCGCUGUGCUGGCCACCAUUGGCAACAUAGUGGUGGUGGCUGUGGUGUGUGCCUGUGCCUUCUGACGCAGAAGAGGAGCAGAUCAGGAAACUACUUGCAAUCAGACAUUUGAACUUUAACUUUUUUCCUCUUAAUUUAAUUGAAAAUAAUGCUUUAUUGAUAAAGCAGUCCGAGAUCAUUGACUUGUUUAAUAUGUGUGUCCAAACUUGAGGUAUGCAGGGAAGCUUCUCAUUAAAAAUAUCCCUCAGUAACAUUUGAAAACAAUUAGAAGGGUAGAAAACUCAGGCAAUGAGAAUGAUAAUUAGCCAUUAAAUGGAAAACUGCAAGAUGGCCAGGGAAAUGUGCAAAACCAAAAUUAUACAAUAUUAAACAGGGCUGAAAUAAUUCGUUUUUUAAAUUUUGUUAUAGAUUGCUUUAAGUUUACGCUUAAAGUGGGUAUACCGACUUUUUAUAAACCAUCUGGUUAAUUAUUUUGUCAAUUUUCAAUUCCUUCUUUUUCAAUUUCAACAACAAAGAAGUAACUAAGCAAAAAACAGUUAUAAUAAUGAUUUAUACCAUACCAAGUGUAUAUAGUACCUAAUUAAAUAAUUUUUAAAGAACAAUAACUUAGCUUGAAUUGUGAUUUUCUCUUUAAAUGGUAAAGACUGCCUUCAGAAGAACAUGUCUGUAGGUCUGCCUUUUAAAGUUAACUAGGUCGCAGAAAUGCCCUUUUUAGUUUUCUCAUGAACUUUGUAUAUACAUAUUUAAAUGGCAACAGCCCCAGAGCAAGUACCUACAUUUAUUCCCCAGUACCAGACUGAAAACCAAAUAUGGCCUAAAAAUAAGAGCAUUUAGGCUUGCCGGUAUUGGAAACAGGGCAGCGGUUAUAUAAACUGAUCAUAUGUAAGCCUAUACAUUGGCGAUUACAGCAUAGGCUUAGGGAAGGACAGGAUUAGAUGAGAUCUUAGCUUAAUCUUUUAGUGGUUUCAAACCACUGUAUUAUCUAGUUCUUAUUUUAUAUAUACUUUUCAAAAAACGGAUAGAAACUCAAGGUAAAAUGGUAACAAUACUUGACGAAGACUUAAGUCCAAAUUUCUUUUUUCAUGCUCAUUUGAUUUUGGUUUGUUUUGUAUUACACACUUGGAUCGGUUGAUUUGAAAUGACUUUUUACGUUAAUUGUUGCUCACCCUUUUCCUGCAGUGACUCAGUGACAUAACGGAGCAGCAGCCGCACAGCUUGAGAAUCUGUCCUUGUAUCUGUUCUUGCAGUGCUGCAUGCCAUUAAUUUGUUGUUAAUAAUGCUGUAAAGUCAUCUGCUGUAUUUUACUGAGUUGAACUGCUGCAACUUGUGUUUUUUGUGGGUGGGAAUAGGAGGCCCAAUUGCAUCACUAUUGGUUUGUAAAACUUACAAAAGUGUAUAAUCCUCAUUUUGAAAAAAUAAACUGUAUUUAAUGCUGGUAAAAGA